CACACAGUCAUCCGCGAAGGGCAGGUAGUGGACUAUGGCCUUAGAGACGCGCGUGGGCGCCUCCAUACGUCGGGCGUUAAAGAGUCGCCCGUCAGUUCUGCGUCCAUCAGCAUGGCAGACAACAUGAUACUGAAGAAGGUUGGCGCGAGUACAUACCCUUGCUUCACCGCGUUUGUCACUGCGAAGGCCUCGGAUACUAUUCCGUGCUCUCAUCCCGUCGUGGAGCUGGCGUAUCAAGUGGAUGAGGUGAUCCGAGCAGCCGAAUUUAUGCAUGACUUUACAGAGUCCGUCCUGGUUCAUCGUGUCGAAGGCUUUAGUCAAGUCCAGGAAGGUAGCGUAAAGGUGAGUAUGCAUCUCUUGACACUUCUCCUGUAG